AAGCAAAGAAAAUCUCAAACAAUAUAAGUGGGCUUAGCAAUGAAUACUCUAGUAGAGUAUUUUCCCUAUUCGUAUUUUACGUAGCACUGUUUUUUUAAUUUAAUUUUUUAUUUUAUUUAUUAUUUUUGAGAAAUCAAGAAUAAAUAAUUUUCUUUUUUCAUAUUUUACUUUUAGAUAAUUAUUUACUUGCUAAAUUAUUUUUCAAUACUUAUUAGUAAAUAUCAAUUGUUAUGAUUAAUAUAGUAAAAUUAUUAUAUCAAUAUGACAAGUAAAUAAGAACAGGAGCAGGAGUAGAUUAAUGACAAAACAAAAACAUAGAAUGUGUUACAAAGCCUUUUUAAACUUGUCCACAUUAUGACAUUCAUAUGGGAUGACUCCCAAACUCUGCUUUCUCUCCCUGCUUCUUUGUAAAACAUCUUCUUUCUUUAUAAUUUAAAAACCCAAAAUAUUCCACAUAAUCUAAAACAUGGAAUUAGAUGAAUUACGCUCAAUGUUGAAGAAUUCAAGUGUGGACUUAUGGGGUUUAAUCGACACAGCCAUUUCUGUAGCCAUUCUUGAUCAUGGAAACGAGCUUCGUAGCCGAAGAGAUGCCAUUGUUGAGAAACUCUACACUCCCGUGCUAUGUAACAGUUGUUAUUCUGAUGGAAAUUAUGAAAGUUUGAUAUGUAACAGAAGCAUUGACACCAAUGUUGAUGAUGAUCAUCAUCACAAGUUGAAAAUAGAGGAAAAGAGUACAGAAUAUGAAGAAGAUUUAGAGAACAAGAUACUCAGAAUCAAGAAUCAUAUUGAAAUCCCAAAUCAGUCUGAGAAUUGCUUGGUUGAUCUGCUUCAAUAUCUUGCUGAAAUGGACAUUAGUUUCAAGGUUCUUGAGAAAACAGAUAUUGGGAGGCAUGUAAAUAGACUGAGAAAGCAUUCAUCAAACGAAGUAAGACGACUUGUUAAAUUACUCAUCAGGAGAUGGAAAGAUAUUGUUGAUGAAUGGGUGAGAUUAAAUACACUAGUGGAAGAAACAGGUGAUGCAAACUCUCCUUUUCAACCCUACUUGAACAACUUUCAAGAUAUUUCAAAUGCUUCAUCAUCUUAUUGCGGUCAUAAGCAGAAUUUAGAGAAUAACAAAAUUAGUCCAUCGUCAAAGCGCCUACGCGAAGAUUACCUAGAAGAACAUCAUGCCAAAAUACAAAGGACAAGAGAAGUGGACCUUCAUCAAGAGCUAGGCAGACCAAAGAACUCAGUUGUUGCCAAUGGAUUUCAAGCAAAAUACCGUUACCUAGACAAUUGAUCCGUACUACAUAGACCUGGAAGUGGCUGGGAAGACACAAGGCAUUGGGAGAAAGCAAAGAGGACAUUAAAGAUAACAAAUUAACUGACACAGAGCGAAUUGUUCUUUGAGGCUAUAAUUGGUGUAAUGUAAUUUGUCACGAGCCGUGGACACCUGCAACGGACUGAGCUAAGCCACAUGACAUCAAUUAACUGACUCUGAGAAACACGAAGUUUGAAGACUAAGCUAUGUGGAGAAUAGUAGUAAUAAUUACUAGUAGUAACCACCAGAGUUGAUAUAGUGGUUCAGCGCUAUAUCCCUUAAGUAAGAGGUCGGGGAUUCGAUUCUCGCCUCUGAUAAAUGGAGUAAAUUCUAUGGCCAAUUUUUUACCAUAAAAUGCACUGACCGAGAAAUAAAGAAUUAAUCUCAGGAUUGUCGGUUGUGAAAAUACCUUGAAUAAUUAAAAAAAAUUAUUAAUAGUACAAUUAUAUAUGGUCAAUUGGAUAGGGCUAGAAUUUACUAGUAAUUUAAUUUGGACUCCAGCCAUGUGAUGCAUUAGGUGAAUAAUGAAGUUAAUUGAUGUGUUUUCAUGACUA